AUGAAAUACAUAUUGGUGCUCGCGGCAAUGCUACCAGCCGCCUUUGCAAACUGCAAACCAAAUAAUACCUCCUUACUGGGUGAUUGCGUGGGGUGGUGUUCGGACAGAAACUCGACCCCGAGCACGAUCCAAUCAUGCCUCUUGGCGAAUUGCAACACUUGCAAAUUAGGUGGUAAAUAA